CAAACCUACCAAAAGUUGUAUUUUUUCAAUUUGUUGCAUUUUGAAAGCCUAAUAUUGCUCGAAAUGGCUGAAUCAGAUUGGGAUUCUGUCACUUAUCUAAAGAAAAGAGCUCCCAGAGCUGCAGAAAUGCGUUCAAAACAGGCUAUAGCUUCAGCACAAAGACACGGAGAAAAAAUAGAAACCACUGAAAAAUUUGCAGCAGGGGGAAAUAAACAGCAUUCAACACAUAAAGACACAGCAAAAUUGGACAGAGAAACUGAAGAACUGCACCAUGAAAAACUUUCUCUGGAUGUUGGAAAACUAAUCCAAAAGGGUCGAGUGGAGAAAAAAUUAACACAAAAAGAAUUGGCAACAAAAAUCAAUGAAAAGCCAAAUGUGAUUAUGGAAUAUGAACAAGGCAAAGCAAUACCAAAUAACCAGAUCCUGGGUAAAAUAGAGAGAGUUAUUGGUAUAAGGCUUCGUGGUAAAGACAAAGGCAGGCCUCUUGAGCAGGGUGGCAAGGGAAAGAAAUGAAUCCUUGAUAACCUGAGAUGGUCAUCAUUUUUUCGCCUUGUCAAACACCUGAUAUCAAUAUCAAGGAAGAUUAACACAUAAAACAAUAAAAUUACUUUAAAACUUUGAUCUUUUGUCUCCUUUAAAUCAGAGUUAGGCUUUUAAUAAUUUAAGGAAAUUUGUGAUUAUUGUGAAGCAUCUUUGCAUAUUUAUAUGUAUAUUUUUUGAAAUGUAUCUUGGUUUCUUGUUGCCAGAAAAAGGGUAUCAAUGUUUAAGAAUGUUUUAAUAACUUGUAGUGUGUAUGCACUUUGUCUCUGAUUCAUGCUUGAAUACAAAAAAUGUACC